AUGUCAAGAGAAGUUCCAUACCUACUUUUGGAAUGCAAAAACUGUAAGAUGAAGUAUGAAACACAAGAACAGCUUAGAAAUCAUCAAGCCAAAUUCUGUAAAGACUCAGAUUACGGCGAUCUUAACAAACUGCAACGGAAGAUGGAAGAUGCCAAAAGAGACGCGAAUUCAAUAAAUUUGUAUGAAAGCUUGCAUAUGGAAGACGUAAAAAAAUUCCUGAAAGGAGAAAAUAAAGCCCAAAACCAAGAAGGGGUGGGCUCUGCAACUUUAGGACAGCUAAGAGAUCAGAUCAGGACCAAUGAGAAAGAAUUUGAAAAAGCUGCUAAUCAAUUUCUAUCGAAAAGAGAAGAAGACUUAAAAGGAGGCUUAGAGCAACUGAGAGCUGAAAAAGUUGAAAUCAGGUCGAAAAGGAGGCAAGAAGAAGGAGCGUUACUAGAUCUUAUGAAAGAGCUUGAAGAAAAAAGGGAAAGAGAAGUUAGGGCCAAAGCUGAAAAAGAUGCAAUUUCUCAAGCACUCAAAGAUUUGGAUAAAAAGAAAUUAAAUGCACUUGAAGUGGAGAAGAAAAGAGAGCUAAACAAGCUGGAAGACGAAAGGGAAUCGUUAAGGCUGAAAGAAGAAGAAUUAAUGCAGGAGGUCGAGAGGCUCCAAAACAGAAUGGACGACAAUGAAGUACAGUGAAAACAAGAAAGGGAUAAAAUUAACUUGAACGCAAGAGCUGCAAACGUAGGGGUCAACAUGGAAAUCCUGCAAAAGAGACAGAUGGAACUUGCCAAGGAAAGAGGAGAGCAGGUUGCCCAAAUUAAGCAGAAAAAAGAUGCGUUGGAGUUCGAAAGACAAAGAAUCAUGGAUGAUCUCAACAGAAUUAAAAAAGGAGAGAUCAACACUAUGAGAAAAAACUCCGCAGGAAAACUUGCCGCAUCACAAAUCGUAGGCUCCCCCUUAGUCCCUAUUAAAUUCGCUGAAAGAAGAGCCAUUCCGCAAAACGCUCUGCAAAUGAGCGAGAAAUGAAACGAUGACCUUGAAAGGCUUGAAAAGCUAAAAAAGAACCAUCAGAACUUCAUUCAAAACGAAACAAUGUUCAAAAAUCCUGAGCCAACAGAAACGCCUAAAUCAAGACAAGGAAUGCAAUUUCCUUCAAAAGUAGAUGAGAUGAUUAAUGAGGCUGAGGCCAGAAUGAAUCCAAAAGAAAGAGUCAGGUAUUAUGGGCAGAUUCAAAAUGACUUGAAUAAUAAAGAUCCGUUUAGAUAUACACCUGAUCAGUCUCAGAGGGCUUCAAGAGAAGCAAGGGACUUCCCUAAUUCUAAUUUAGUUCAGCCUACCAUUCAAUUCGCCAAUCCUCCAAAAGCAUCAAUACCCAAUUUCGGAAAUAAUGAGCUGACUGGGCAAAAUCCAAAUUUAAAUAUAAACCCAAAUAACAAUUAUCAGCCAAGGCUUAUAAGCGAAUUUGAACAGCUGAGAAAACAGCAACCUCAUUCUUACCAGCCGCCCUAUCAAUCUCCUCCAGUCGGUUAUUCUCCUCCUUAUGUCCAGCCAUUUCAGGAUCCAACCCCUCAGCCUCCAAUUCCAGCUGAAGAUCCAGGAGUCAAAUCGCUCAAAAAAGAGCUUAAGAAGCUUAAAAAGAAGCUCAAUAAUAAAGGAAGGGACGAAUUUUACCAAGGCAUGCAAGAUGCAAUAGGCUCUUUCCAAAACAGACUCUCAGCACUAGAUAAUCCACAGAGCAAUUUAAAUAGUGAAGUGAAACCAGCUGAGAUGCUUCCUGAAGAAAGAGCUCUAAAUAAUGUACUUCGACAAGAACAAAGCGAUUUAAAGCUGCUGUCAGCCUUACCAAAAGAUUCAGAUCUUUACCAAGCCAAGCUAGAGCAUUAUAAAGAAAUGUCUCAGAUCCGAAUGAAGAUGGAAGCGAUGUUGCAAGAGCUCACAAUGCAAAGGAUGAAAAAGAAUUUUGAUUUAGAGAUGGAACUAGAAGAGAGAAAGCUGCAAAAUGAAAGAUGGGCUGAGGAACAAAAGCGAGGACUAAUUGCAGCUAAAAUACAGGGAAAUUUAACACAAAAUAAACCUAUAGCUGCUGACUACUCUCCAGAGACUGGGUUUUUUAUUUGUUGGGACUAUGCUGUAGGAAUCCCAAGAAGAUAUAAAGAAUGCCAAAUCGCAUAUGGUCUAUAUGAAAGAGGAGAAGUUAGACUGGAGCCUAGGCUUGUCCCACCUGUAAAAGUAGAUUAGAUUAUUAGAUUAGAUUAAGUUUGUGAGGGUCUUCGCGGUUUAUUUCAGCCACUCGCCACCUUCUCCCACUUCAGCCUUUCGGCCUAGGCAUGGGAUAGCACUUACGCCCUUUUGUCGACGUCACCAAAAAAUGGUGACGUCAGCGCUCUCGAGGUGACGCACCCAGGUACUUCUUGGGGCAGCUCCUAUCGGUCAGCCCGUCCGUCCGGAGGUGGGAGACGGUAGGUGUUCUGAAGCCUCCUCCUGUCCUCCAUUACUACCUUCGUUGUCAGGAGUGUGGGGUUGCCUUUGCGACUCUGGUCUUCUUGUCAUAAGUCGAAGUAAAAAACCCUGCCAUGGUGUCCUGGCCAGGGAGAAAAAACCUACCCCGGACACAAAUUCUCCAGCCCCAUCCCUCUUAGACCCAUAAAGCCCGAGGCAGUGGGAGAAGGAUGGGUCAGAGUAGUCACCAUUUUAUUUGUGUUGUAAAAGUAGAAGAUGAUCCAUUUAGUGAAUUUACUGGAAGAGCUAUAUUCAGAACAGAGCAAGAUAUAGCCAGAGUUCCUCCUUUCCCAUUAAUCAAUUUAAUUAUUGAGUUGCAAGUUGUAUCACCUACAAUGGAUGGACCAAAAGUAGGAAACUUUGGAUGGACAGUACUAGAUAUUUUUACACACCAGCGAAAAUUAAUUGAAGGACUUUGGAAAAUUCCUAUAUAUAGACCGCCUACAGACUCUGCAAUUGAAUUAAGAGAUAUUAGAAGUCUCGUCCCUAUGCCAAAUACUUUUGUUUUUAUAAGAAUUGUGCAAACUGGCACAAAUUCACCUUUAAUGAAUAUUCCAGUUGUUCCUGAGGAAACAAUGAAUCGAUAUCGAAUUCCCCAAUCUCAUCUUAGAGACAAUCCUAUGUCAAACAAUGGGUAUCUGCAGCAGCCAACCGGAUAUCAGCCUAUGCCAAUUAAAUCUUCAAGCCAACUCCCAGACCCUACUCAAGACAUACAAAACUACCCUUCAAAUCCAACUGAAAUGAUCCCACAAUCCAGCCCUCUCGCCAGCAAAGGUCUUGCAAUAAAGCUUGAAAGUUUAGUCGGAUUCUUAUCUAGGUCAGUCUUAAAAUUUCAAAUCACUAUUCAAGAAGGGGAAAGAAUUGUCGUUGAUAAAAAUGGGAAAAACUGCAGAUGGAUAAGUGACCCGAUCAACACCCUGGAUACCGAUGUAAUUGGCAGACUAAGCUCAAAUCGUCAGUCAGGUAACCGUUCAGUAGCGAUGACUCCUGCUGAUGAAAGAAGCCGCCUGGCUUCAGGGUCAAGAGGAAAUAUGAAUUUGACUAUAAAUAAAGAAACAGUCUUCAUCAAUGAUUUUUAUUCAAUCGUCCAAAAAACUGACUGGAACGAAGACUUGUAUUUGAUAAUUGAAAUUUUAGAAAGAUCCUCACAGAGACUUACAACUGCAGAACUUCAAAGGAAAAACUCAUUAGAUCUUGAAGCAUAUUUUGCAGUUGGAUGGACAGUUUUCCAAUUGACAAAUCCGGACCUAAGAACUUUGAAUUAUGGGACAGUUGAAUUAAAUAUUUAUGAACCUCCAGUUGCGGUCCCAAUAUAUGAUCCUCAGCAGCUUAGACAAAAGGACGGAGCACUUAAGUUAACUGUCGCAGAGCCAUCAUCUAUCUGAUCUCCUGACCACAGAAGAAAUAGCUCAAAUAGAGUCAAUCCUCAACGAUUAGAAGCAUUUUUAGAAAACUUGGCUCCUCAGUUUGAUGAUUCAAAGUACUUCGAAAAAGGAGAUGGCGUCGACUUCUAUGUGGAUGGGGCCAGGUUUUUGCCUGACUCUACUUCUUGCACUAAAAUUGUUGUAAAAGGGUUUACUUCUCAGCUUGAUAAAGUUGGGAUCCCAGUAGGAGGUUUGCCUGAUCUCAAUUCUUCAGUUUUUUCACCAAUUUUUGGAUUUAGGACUGAGUUUCGCUUGCAAACAUUUGACCCAACCACCACGAUUGUGGUAUCAAUACUUACUCUUGAUGCUAUAACGAACGAAGUUAGAGUGCUUGGGUAUAGUGCAAUCAACCUCUUUUUGAAAAAAUUCAGGAAAGAUCAGCCAGAUAAUCCAACUGAGCAAGACUUCAUUUUAAAUAAAGGACUGUUUCAAUUGCCUAUUUAUUGCCAAGAACCUUAUAGAAAGCCUCCAUUUGGUCUCCAGUCUUUUACAAAAAUGGAAAUAAUUCCAUGCGCAACACUUCUUGUUAGGAUAAGAGAUGCUCCGAAAUCUGAAAAUGGGCUGAGAGUUUUGAGUGUAAAAGAUGUGUUGGCAAGCGAAUGAUACCUUAGAGGCCUAGUUAUUCCUCCUCCAAGGUACGAAGAGAGAGUUUACAAUACGUCUAUGUGUAUGCCUUCUGUUGUAGAAAGAUAUUUAUAUGAUGAACGGCUUCGUCGAAAAGACAGCACUGUUAGAGAAGCAACAAUUCAGGUCCAAGCAAGAAUGGGAGUCAAACUUGACAUCAACGAUGAAGAAAUGCUGAACUGGAUUGAUCAAAAGCUGCAAGUCAACCCAAGAACUCCGAUGCUUGACAUGAAAUACUUCGCCAAGUAUAAUCCCAAAAUGGGUUUUAAAAUUGCAAUUGAUGCUAUUCACAAUAUUCCUACAGAAACUCCUCAUACUGUGAUCAUUAGUCUUAAUCCACCUGGAAAUCUAUAUUCAACAUCCAAUAUCAGUCAAGAUGUUGAAUUUAAUACAAAAUUGGACUGAAAUAGCUCAAUCAGAACUCCAACAUUCUUGGAUGGAUUCCAUACCUAUAAAAAUGUUUCUUUUAACAGAUUCCUGCACAUCAUAUUUGAUGUUAGGACUAUCAACUUAUCUAAGAAAAGGCCUGAAGUUAUUCCUGUUGGAUGAACCAUUUUGACGGUCUUUACGGAAGACGGUUAUAUAAAAUCAGGUAUUUAUCAAUUACCUUUGUUCAAAGGAGCAGUGCCAGUUCCAAUUUUGUCCGAUCUUACUAAUAAUGAUCCAUGGUCAUUUAUUAUGAAUGCUGCCACUAGACAAGGAGGGCCACAAUUUUUGGAGCCUGUUUCUAUAUUAGUAAGGCUUGUUGAUACACAAAGAGAUGGACACUUUGCAACACCAAUGGAGCUCCAAAGAUUGAAUUAUCAGUUUAUUCCUGAAGCUUUACUAGCUAAAUCCUCGCAUAAAGUUUUAAAUUUCUAUGCAAAAAUUCUUUUUUAAGUUUUAAAAAGCAAUAUAUUUGAAAGAAAAGCUAUUUUUUUUGGGAAAUUUAUUUUUAGGAAGUAAGCUGUCUAAAAUUAAUAAUUUUACUGGAGAUUUCAUUAUAAUAAUUAAGAAUAUAUAUCAAUUAUUAUAUUAUAAAUUUUUUUUACUCCUUAUGAAGAAGAGUUAACUUUUCAAUUGCUUUGAUUGCUAAUCAAGAGGGUAAGUUCUCAUAUAAUGCAGCCGCAGAACAGCGUGGAAGCCAACAAAAGAGAUUGAAGUCUUUGAUACCUUCGAAUCAAUCUGCAGAAAAUUUCUCCAAGAAAAUCAAUGAAGCAGUCGCAAAUGUAAUUUUUAUUUAGCAUUUGGGUUUGAAUCAUAUUAACAUUGCUUAA